AUGCGCCGUGAGAUGGAGGAGCACAAUGACCUGGUCUUCUUGCCUGUCACUGAGGGUUAUCGAAUGAACAGCCGCAAGGGCCUGCUCUUCUUAGAAUGGAUCGCAGCGCGAGCGGAAGCAGAGUUUCUCUUGAAGACCGAUGACGACGUCUACCUGCGCCCCACGCCGUUGCUGAGGCAGCUGGAGCGUCGGAUCCCCGCACAGUACGCUUGGGCGAUUUUCGAUUAUAUCAGCCCGGUGCCACGGGAUGAGGAUGACAACUUCUACAACCCUGAGGAGACCUUCCCAUUCCCCGUCUUCCCGCCCUACCCGCGGGGUGUGGUGCGGGUCUUGUCCAUGGAUGUGGUGCGGCUUCUGGCCAAAGCCAGCCAGGAGGCGGCGGGUCACAGAGGUCACAUGGUGAUGCGGUUUGCCCGUCUCUCUUUACAGUUGGCUCAAGGAUUAAAAUACUCCUUCAAGCAGGGCAGGAUUGGAUGAGCCUUGGUACUUGCUGGUUCCCUUAACAAGAAACCUGAUUCCGUCCGGCGCGCGCUCUCUCUCUCUCUCUCUCUUUGUCUGAACUCGAUCCCUAUGUAGUUGCCAACUCUUCAC